AUGCGCUCAAUGCGUGAAACGGAACGCAGCCGAGAAGUUUGUGACAGUUCUCUGUGGUUUAACUAUAGAUUUACACAUUUUUAAUAAUUGUUGCUAAACAAAUAUUUCUGCAGAUUUGCAAUUUAUCAAUAAAUAAUUGCAAAAUGGGGUCGUUGACAAGCAGGCAGAAUGCUGGCGUCGAAGAAGUUGAUAUCACUUCGAAUCAUGCGUAUAAAUAUCCUCCACGAACUGGUUCCUAUUUUGGUAGUCAUUUCAUAAUGGGCGGCGAACGAUUUGACACACCUCAGCCUGAAGCAUAUCUCUUUGGAGAGAAUGCAGACUUAAAUUUCUUAGGCAGUCGACCAACUCCUUUUCCAUAUCCUCCACCACAAGCAGGCGAUCCUACAAAGACAUUAAAGAGUUUAGUAAACAUAAGGAAGGAAUCUUUAAGACUGGUUCGUAAUAUGGAUCAAACAUCGACAUCUUCGCAAUACCAUAAUGUUAAGCAUUACGGAGAUAUAGACAUUGACAAAAAACCUAGUCGUUUCAAUAUUGAAUUUAUAUUUGACUGUGACGUCAAAUGUGCAAUAACGAUAUAUUAUUUUUGUACAGAAGAGAUUUCAACAAAGGGAGUUGCGUACAUUCCACGAGAUUCAUCUAUGAAUUCUGAAACUUAUCAUUAUAAAAAAGGAGCAAACCAAUUAUUUUCACAAACAUCGCAUAUAUUUGAUCCAACAUUGUAUACCGAAGAAGAUCUGAUGUACAAUGCAGAUAGAGAAAUUAUUCCGAUAGCUAUACAUUGUGUAGCUGAAGAAGGAUCAGAUGAUCCAAAACAAUCUCACACAACCAUAGCUGUUGUUGAAAAACAUUCUGAUGGCACAUAUGUGCUAAAAGCGCUCAAACAAAAAAUCUAUGUAGAUGGCCUCUGUUAUUUGCUACAAGAGAUUUAUGGAAUUGAAAACAAAAAUACUGAGAAUGCAAAGCAACAAGGUAGCGAUGAGGACACUGAAGACAAUGGAUCCGAAUGUGUUAUUUGCAUGAGUGAUGUACGCGACACGCUAAUUUUACCAUGCAGACAUUUGUGUUUAUGCAAUUCUUGCGCCGAUUCCUUGAGAUACCAAGCGAAUAAUUGUCCGAUAUGUCGCGCGCCAUUUAGAGCACUCUUACAAAUUAAAGCUCUUCAAAAAGCGAUUGGUACAAUUAUAUCAAAUCCGCCAUUGCCAGAGGGAAGCUGUGAGAAUAUUCCAUCAGGCUAUGAAGCAGUGUCUCUAAUAGAAGCUUUAAAUGGACCUUAUAUUCCACGGACUGCUAUUAUCGCGCCAGAAUCUCCAGAUACACCUGAUACAGAUACGGCAAGUGCUAUUCAAGCCGCGGAAACUUUAAAUCGCACUGCUGAACGUACUCCGGUCUCGAAACACAUAUCCGCUAAAGAAGAUAUGUCAGCCAGAUCCAGCGGUACUGCUUGUCCAACUCCCGAAUUUCGAAUGUCUGUAUUAUUAGCCAGAGAUGAACACUCGGGUUCUCAAAAGGAACUGCACAAUAGAUCUCCAGCUACGCGAACCAAAUCAGUACAUUCGCGCGACAAAUCUAGUUUAAGAGCACGCGACACAUUGAGAUUGGUGAAUGAGAAGCAGCCAGUUUCUUUAUAUGAGGGACAAGGACAAGAUGAAGACAGCGAAGCAGAGAAAUUGUCGCCAUUAUUAGAUGCAGCUACAAGUACUGAAGCUUUAGAUGUACAUUCCCAUAGAAUAUGCGACAUUGAUAUUGAUGACGAAAUUCAAAAUACAGAAAAUGAAAAUGACGCGGACAUUACCUGUCAUUCGCAUUAGAAACUGGCAGAAGAUAUAUUUUUGUAUACAUUAUUCAUUCUUGUUAAAUAUUGUCUAUAUAAUGUUUUAUCUUUCAUGUAAAAAAUGCAGAUCAGUUAUUUAUUCAAAGCUUUAAACUAUUUACCGCAACUAUAUUGAAUCAUUUUUACAAUCUUUUUAACGUAGUCUAUUAUGAAUACAUUGUCAUUAACUUAUAUAGAAGUUUAAUAUAGAUAUUAUUAUUUUGUAUAUUUAAUUAUAUAUUGUAAGAACAUAGAAUGCAUUACAUUGUAUUUCUUAUGAAUUUUAUGCUCUUUAAUUGUUAGAUUUUAAAGCAAUAUGUAUACUUAUACAUGUAUACUUUGAAAUUACAAAGACUGUAUUUGUAAAAAAGAAACAGUACAGUAUCCUUUUUUUAUAAGAUGCAGUUAAUAAAAUAAUUUACAUGCAAAUUGA